AUGGCACUAUUUGAAGAUUACCUAGAUAUAGAAGCGUUGGAAGAUGUACGGGAAAUAUCACAAGUUUAUGUUUGUGGUAUAUGUGAGGAGAUUUGCAACAGUUACUUAGAUCAUAAAUGUUUAAAAAAAUAUAAAAAUCAUCAUAUCGAUGAGAAUCAUUAUUGUUAUCCUUUACUAGAGGAUGGUGUUACAUUAAUCCGGCGUGCUUUAUUGGAAAAUGGACGUGAGGAACUUAUUACGGAGAAAAUUUAUUCAAUAAGUAAAGAAAACAACAAAACCUCUGGCAAUUUUCAAAUUCCUAAUUCCAAAAAUAAGAAGGUAAAAACAAAAGCG